AUGGCUUGCGAGGCCAUUCAGCCGUCGUAUUUUUACGCCACAGACUCCGAAGCGCAUAUAUCUGCAGGGCCGGAUGCAAAUCCCUCUGCAUCGUUGCCGGGCGUGCCGGUAUUCGAGCCGACCAUGGCGCAGUUUGCCGACUUUUAUGCCUUCUGUCAGGCCAUUGAUGCAUGGGGCAUGCAGACAGGCAUCGUCAAGAUCGUGCCGCCGCGCGAGUGGGUCGAGGCUCUACCGCGCCUGCGUCCCGAUGCUGAUCCAAAGCAUGCGCAUCUCGGCAAGGUGCGCAUCCGCCACGCCAUCACCCAGCACUUUCUCGCCGCUGGACCUGGCCGGUGGAAGCAGACGAAUGUGACGCGUGCCAAGCCAUACGACGCCAAGCAGUGGUCCGAUCUAUGCAUGUGCCAGCGCGGGCCGGCCAUGUCGCGCAUACGCCGCCAAGUCGCCGCGAACCGAGCGGCAGAAGUGGCACAUCAGCACUCGAGAUCAUACACUUCCAGCGAUGCACCACCGAUCGAUGCUCCCGGCAAACUCACGCGCAGUGGCGGCCUCAGUCGCGAGGCCUCGCAGCGUUCCGUGCCGAAAUGCAAGGCCACGACGCCCCAAGACUGGGACACCUUUGACUUUGAACACGGCUGGCUGAACGAGGCACUCACCGACGCCGAACGUGAUGCAGGUCACCACGUAUCUGUGCGGGAUUGGGACGUGCCGUCCUGCCGUGCCAUCGAGGCUGAAUACUGGCGCACCCUGAAUCUCGGCAUGCCGCCCAUGUACGGCGCGGAUCAACAGGGCACCCUAUUCGAUGACCGCACUACGCAAUGGAAUGUCGGCACGCUUGAUAGCCUGCUAUCUCGCACACUCAAAUGCGCACUGCCAGGCGUCACGACGCCGUACCUGUACUUUGGCAUGUGGCGUGCGUCGUUCGCGUGGCACGUGGAAGACAUGGACCUCUACUCGAUCAACUAUAUUCAUUUCGGCGCACCAAAGCAGUGGUACGCCAUCCGCCAGGCCGACCGCAAGCGCUUCGAGUCGGUGAUGGCAUCAACGUUCCCGGCAGAGGCGCGCAAGUGUGCGCACUUUCUGCGCCACAAAUCGUUCCUCGUGUCGCCAUCGGUGCUCGCGAGUCAUGGCAUCCAGCCACUGCGCCUCGUGCAGCAUGCACAUGAAUUUGUCAUUACGUACCCUUAUGGCUACCACUCUGGCUACAAUCUCGGCUUCAACUGCGCCGAGAGCGUCAACUUUGCGCUCCCGACCUGGAUCGAGAUCGGCCGACGCGCAGACUACUGCCGCUGUCCGCUCGCACAAGAGAGCGUGCACUUCGACGUGAACGCAUGGUGGCCCACGGAGCAGCAGUCAGAACCUGUUGCGCUAGGCCACAAGUGCAUCUUUUGUCCCCAUGAUACCUCCUUGGAUACCCUCGUGCCCGUCCCAGCUGAGGCCUGUGCGGCCCUCGAGCGCACGAACGCAAAAAAGUCACUUUCCGCGUCGGCUUCGCCGUACAUGGCGCAUCGCUUGUGUGCCUGUUUUCUGCCCGAAACAUGGGUCGAUGCUUCGUCACAGGUGCAAGGUGCAGCCACCAUUGAACGCUCGCGAUGGACCCUCAAAUGUCAAGUGUGCACCGAUCCAGCAGACCGCUUGCAUGGUGCCAAGAUCCAGUGCACCAAGGGCCGCUGCGUGCAUGCAGUGCAUGUGAGCUGUGCCCUCAACGAAACAAGCGGAUGGCUGCUGGAUAUUUGUGCGCGCGAGACGGCCGAUCAGCUCGAGGGUGUACGCUCGUCCUCAGAUGCUCCGGAAGAGCGUGCCGUGGUGUUGUGCCGCGCACACAAUCCUCAUCGGCGUGCCAUCGACAUGCAACGGCGUCACGAGGCUGUGCGUGACAAGCUACGUGCGCUCGCAUUCCCCAUGCCUGUGCGCAUCAAGAUGCAGGGCGCCGUGUGGACGGUACAGCUUCUGGGUGUGGACGAGGCAAAGCACGAGGUGGUGGUGCAGGAAUCGUCCACAGCCGCCGCCAAGCAGGUACCAUGGACAUGCCUUGUGCUGGACGAAAAGCCCAGUCCUGACACGCACCGCGAAUCCAAGAAACGACGAGUGCAUUGUGCGCGUGAUGUGGAUAUCUACGAAAAUUAA